AUGCCCCUGGGCACAUGCGUCUGUAGACUGGGCGGAUUUGCCGACGGGCGUUCCGUCGCCGAUACCGACGACUUUGCAGGUGUUGUUGGAGCUGGAAAUCGGACGUCAGGGAGCCUGACAUUGUCGCCGGGCGCCAGGCUUUCCAAGGCCUCUGUCGAGGAGGGCCGACACAUCCUCACCAGCCAGUCGGUCGGAGAACUGAUUCGCCCUUUCUGUUGUUGUGGCGAGUCUUUGAUGCCUCCGAUUGUUGCCACAGCGACUAGAAGCGAUCGGCCUCGAUGUGCCCUGCACCAUGACACCAUCCGCGAGGGCGUGGAGACUGGCUUCUGCAAUACGGCCACGAAAUCUGGCUUCGAGGAUCAGCGCAUUUUUGAGGCCGCCCCAACCGGAGCGGACAAGGAAAGUGGUACAGCGCCGAAAUUCCAGACCUCCAGACUGGGCUUUCAACGCUCACUCACGCUGCCCCGGGGUCUUCGUCAGGCCAGGUUCGGUGGCUGGUGUCCAGCUUCUGUAUUGACGCUUCCAACACCAACACCGCCUGUGUCGUCUUCUUCGUCAGCCCCACCACCACCACCACCACCGCCACCACCGCCACAAGUGUUGUUUUCAUCGUCGAAGAUGGCCGGAGACGAGCAAAAGUUUGCGCCUCCAGCCUGGCCCGACCAACGUGACAUGCGACCUCGGCUGGCUCGUCGACUGAGUCGCGGACCGACUGGACCGCCCUUCCGGCCGGUAGGACAGGUCGUGCAGCCUCCCUUGCACAUUCGGCAGCGGAGCUCGGGACUGCCAGAACUCACAGCCGCGGCCGCUUCUGAGCAUCUGGUCGAAUCCUCGGCCUCGAUGGGUCCCCUUCGGCGUCAUUCUGCUUCGCCCCACAGGGCCAUGGUCUGCCCAUCCUUGUCGUCAAGGCCGGAGCCGAGGCGGGCAGACACUGAAGUCUACUUUCCUGGCAAGCGAGGGCUCGAGGGGAACACAUUUUUGUCCGGUCCGAAGGCCGUUUUUUGUGCACGCCACAAGCCGGCCGGCCACAACGAUCGCACGACGGAUUUCGCCAACUGCCGCCACUCAGUGGCCGGAUUCUGGAGCCAAUACCAACACGCGUAG